GUGUAACGGCCGCUUGGUUGCCGCCUGCCAGGCCUGCAGCAGCUGCUCAUACCGGCUGUUUUGCCUAUCGAUCUUUUCGAUAGACACAAACUGCAUUCUCUAAGUGUGAACGUAUAUGACCAAAAGUGUGGCCUUACCAAACGAAUUGAAUUGUUUACAUUUUAUGUGCAAACCAUGGAUCCGGCUAUUAUUGAGUUUAUUGGUGAAAAGUGCAUGAUUAGCAUAAUACCAAACUUCUCCAACGAACCACUGCACUUGAUCUAUGGCUCGGUGGGCCCAUUCCGUGCUGGCUUUCCCGUCUUUGUGCCCCUGUGGAUGGCGACGCAUUUGCGAAAGCAACAAAAGUGCCGCAUUGUGCCACCCGAAUGGAUGGACAUGGACACACUCGAGGAGAUCAAAGAGGAAGAGAAACGGUCCAAAUUCUUCACCAAAAUGCCAUCCGAACAUUACAUGGUCGUGGCCCAACUGGUCAUGAGCACCGCACCGGAUGAUGUUCCACGCUGCGAGGAGCUGCGCACCCUCAUCAAGGACAUCUUUGACAUACGCGAGUCGAAGCUGCGCACCUCCAUCGAUGCUUUCAUCAAGGGCGAGGGCACCUACGCCAAGCUGGACAACCUGACGCUCCUCGAGAUCCACAGCGUUCGUCCCAUUUUGCCGUAUUCCCUCGAUCACAUAGCGCGCUACCAGCGCACGGCCACAGCCUCGCAGCGUGACACCUCCAUGCUGAGUGCAUCGCUGGCUGGCUCGAGCUCGGCCCCCGGCAGUAGUUCGAUGUUUUCGCAGUGAUGUUCGCGUACCUAAAACUAAACUAAAGUAAGAAGCAACCAUAAGUAGAUGUCAAUUAAAUGAUGAAGAAUUAGACACAAAACACUUCA